CGCAGACACUGCACAUACAUAACCGUCAAGGGAAGAUGAAGCUGUUGGUACUGAUUUGCGUUCUUGGGCUCGCGUUGAGUCUGCCGACUCCUGAGGAGGCGCCAAUAAGGGGAUAUUACCACGACGUGAUUGGUAUUCCCGAAGCCGCUAACAUCAAGGCGGUGGAAGAGGCAGCUGACUUCGACGGCUCCAGGAUCGUGGGUGGAUCUGCUGCAGCUCUUGGCGCUUACCCUCACCUUGGCGGUUUGGUUAUCACCUUGGUAAAUGGCGCCACAUCCGUUUGCGGGUCUUCUCUCUUGACUAACAACCGUGCGGUGACCGCUGCCCACUGCUGGUGGGACGGCCGUAACCAGGCUCGCCAGUUCGUGGUUGUUCUCGGCUCCAUCAGGCUGUUCACUGGUGGUACCCGUAUCACCACCACCAAUGUCCAAAUGCACGGCAGCUGGAACCCCAACACCAUCCAGAACGACGUCGCCAUCAUUACCCUCAGUUGGGUCACCUACAGCAACACCGUUCGCAACAUCGCUCUACCCAGCGGCACUCUUCUCAACAACAACUUCGCCGGUUGGAAUGCACAGGCUGCUGGCUUCGGAGCUCAGAGAGAUGGUGCUGGUAUCGGCACCGGCCAGACCCUUCACCACACGACCCUGCGCGUGAUUACCAACGCUGAAUGCCAGCGAAGCUUCGGAAACAGCAUCAUCGCCUCCACACUCUGUACCGACGGCUCUCAGGGGCGAAGCACCUGCGGUGGGGACUCCGGCGGCCCCCUCCAGGUCAACAGCGGAGGCCCCGUCUUGAUCGGUAUCACCUCGUUCGGCUCAGCAUCAGGCUGCCAGCGAGGCUUCCCCGCUGCCUUCGCCAGGGUGACCUCCUUCGCGGCCUGGAUCAGGGCCCGCAUAUAAACUGUUCUAAACACGACAGUCUAUUUGAACUAUAUUCGUUCAAGCACAGUAUACAAACAUGACAAGGAAAUAUAUGAAUUUAUAUAUUGAUAUAA